AUGGAUGUUUUACCAGAGAUGGAGGAAAGUAUUGGGAGUGGUGAUGAAGACGAUAAAAGAGUUGAGGAUGAGGAUGUGGAAGCUGUUCGGGAAAUAGAGAGAAGUCUGUCUAACACACAGUUACGCCCCAUUGGACACAUUUUAAAGCCAAGACCUCCAUUGGACCUUUCCAAAUGUCCAUCCUCAUACACUCAGAACUCACCAAAGGAGAAACUCAUGCUUGCAAUGGCUGAAAACUUUCGACAGCAGUACGCAUUACUGUACCCUGAUCGCAAACCCCUUCUGCUGUGUCCCCUAAAUGAGUGUGGAGUUCAGAAAUUCGUCAGCACAACCCUGCGGCAUACAUUGCUAGCAUAUCCAGAACUCUAUAGCUGGGAGGGAUGUGCCCAUUUUGUAUCCGAUUACCUCUCCUUGGAGUUAUUGGACCCAGCAUUUAAAAUACCCAAGCAGUUGUCUUCCCCCACCUCGGUUCUGCAAACACAAAGGGGUACCUGUUUUGAGUUCUCCUGCCUGCUGUGUAGUCUCUUGUUGGGCGCGGGAUACAAUGCUUACUGCGUCAGUGGGUACGCCAGUAAAGAGAUGUGUCUUCUCGAUCAGUCACGCCAAGAGUGUCCAUGCCAAGAGCGGCACAUCAUGUCCACGCCACAUCUGCAGCCUCAAGUCCAAGAUAAUGAAGAAGAUCAGAAGAAGAAAAUGAACAAAUACUCUGUCAAACCCCCACCUGAUCUGACGAGCAAAUUCGAGAAGCAUCAGGAGGAGAAGCGAAUUGCAGAGGCCAAAGCAACUGCCCUGAAGAAACAGAAAGAAGCGGAGAAACUUCAGGAGGAGCAAGAACGUCCACCACCAGACCCUCUACUGGGACUGAGGGUUUACAGUUGGGUUCUAGUGCUCCCGGGGAACCGGGAGGUCACCAGGGAGUUCUUUAUUGACCCGCUGACUGGAAAGAGCUACAACACAUUUGAUGAAAACUUCCUGGGUAUAGAGAGCAUUUGGAACCACCAAAACUACUGGGUCAACAUGCAGGAUUGCCGUUUCGGUUGUGCUGAGAUGACCUUUGACUUGAGUGAUCUAUCAAAGUGGGAGUAUAUGCUGUGCGGCCCUUCUAGCCAAUCACUAUCCAUCGUUCCUGACCCAAAGACACUCCAAGAACCAGAAUAUGAGGAAGAAGAUGAAACCGAAGAACAGAAGCAAUUUGAGAUGCCUCCAUCUUGGGUAGCCGAAAUAGACCUUUCGCCACAAGAUAUGGAAAUGCGUUACCCUGGAGGGAUAAAAGUUAUCCGGUACAGGAAAGCCAAGCUGGAAAAGUUUGCACCUUCUCUUCGAAAAGAUGGUCUGCUGACCAGCCUUACCACUUACACAGAUCUCGAGUGCACAAAACCCAACAAAGUUAAGGAGUGGUUUAAACAUCGCAGCGAUUGUCUUGAGGAGAGAGAAGUGCAAACAGACACUAACAUGACAACCGAACGUUUCAGGCCUGGAAGGAGCGAUUUUCUCAAAUGCCACAGAUACACCACUUUGGUCACCGAGACUGAACGUCAAAUGGACUUUUAUAGUUGCGCUCACAACGACAAUCUGGCCGGAAGAAUAGAGAAGCCAUCUGAAAUUACAGAAACCUUUGAAGACCGAACAGACUUCCUCUUUCAUCGACAUGUUGUUUAUGGAAAGAGGGUCAAAGUGUCUCAGUCUGCAGCGGCUCUCGAACAGCGGCCUGUACAGAUGGUGGAAGAGAUGUUCCACAGAGAUCAUUCUAGACCGGCCGGUAAACAAGUGGCUGAACGGAGGUUUAUGCUGUCGGAGGGCCAGAUCCACGUGACAUUUCAUCUAGAAGAAGACCGAAUAUUCAGAUCUUGGCUGAAUUUCACCAAACCCAAAGAAGCAGGAGGGUUGUGGACUCGAGACAUGGUUUCCGGCUUUCAGGUGGAUCCUUUUGCGAAACCUUACAAGAACUUGGAAUUGUACCAAAUGCUUAUGGGUCUGAUGAGAGACGAGGAAGAUGUUUUGCUUAAAAUUAAAGAUUCAGAGAAAGAGGUUAAAGCAAUCCUUUCUGCGAGGGAACAAGAGGAGAGUAAUACAAAGCUUCAGAAAUCGAUAUACAACAUCUUAAGAAAUGAAACCGCAAAUCUUCACAUCAAAGAGAUGGAGCGUAUAGCUCAAGAAAAUCCCCAGCGUCAGAAAGAAAAGAAAAGGGACCCAUUGGCGCCCUUCCUAGUCGAGUUGGGACUCUCAGAACCCCUUACAUACCAGGACGCUCUUCGGUUGAAAAACGACUGCCUGGCUGAGUUUAAAAAAGGGCUUGAAUACAAAGAGAAACUCGUUCAGAAACGACUGGAAAAGGAGACCGAGGGGUUGCAGAAGAAACAGUUGUGGUACCAAACGAACCAACACACCAUGACCAAGGAGGAGAAAGACCAUUACCUCAAUUACUGUUCUGAAGCAGAGAUCAGGAUCAAGGUCGCCAAAAUGAUACACAGGCGUCACAAGGAGAAUGCACCUCAAAAGUUACUGGCACUGAAGGAAGAGCUAAAGAGAGAUCCAAGGUUGGCCCAUCAUAAUUUACCAAUGGACUAAAAGAAAGAUUCACAGCAUUGUACCGCAGUUUUCUUUUAAAUACAUUUCAAAGGAUAAAUGUCAUAGGAUUGCAGUAUUUUGUUUAGAAAAGCACAUCUAAAAAUGUUGUAAGAGCAAAAUAUGACCCUACAGACUUAAGUCAAGGUGUCAUGUCCCCACCACUUUUUGAAAUGGCUGAUUUUGUCCCCACCACUUUUUUAAAAAGCCUUUGGUUAAAAUGUUCUAAAAAAUCAAGCAAUGCCUGUGCGACUUACACUGCAAAAAUGACUUUCAUACUUAUUAUUUUUGUCUUGUUUUCUAGAAAUAUAAAUUUUUUUUAAAUGAAGAUGCUUCUUCUUGAUGAGCAAAAUGACCUAAUAAAAUAAGUCUAGUUUUUAGACAAAAGAAAUACAAGUUAAGUGAAUUUGUGAUUAAAACAAGCAAAAAUAUAUGCCAAUUGGAAAAAAAUCUUAAAAUAAGAUUUCUUUUUUCUUAAAAACUUAAAGCAAAAUGUUCUCACCCCAUUGGCAGAUAAUUUUGUUUGUUUUAACUAGACUUAUUUUCUAACGUCAUUUUGCCUAUCAAGAAAAUACAUCUUGAUUUAAGAAUUUUUAGAUAUUUCUACUGAAAACAAGACAAAAAUGAUUUUCAAGAAUUUUUUUUUUUAGUAUUUUUGUCUUGUUUUCAGUAAAAAUAUCUAAAAAUUCUUAAAUUAAGAUAAAUUAAGUCUUUAAGUUUUUAGACCAAAAAUAUCAAAUUUAAGUGAUUCUGAGCAUAAAAGCAGCAAAAAAUCUUGAAAAUUUUUCUUGAAUUUAGUGUUUAAGAAAAAUGUUCAAGAUUUUUUUGCUUACCCCAUUGGCAGAUUUUUUCUUGUUUAAUACACAAAAUCACUUAAAUUUUAUAUUUUUGGUCUACAAACUAGACUUAAUUCAUCUUAAUUUAAGAAUUGUUAGAUAUUUUUACUGAAUUUUUCUUGAAAAUAAUUUUUUUUGCAGUGUACAACAUUGUUGAGGGUUUUAUGCUGACUAUUUUUGUGUUGUUGACUGGCCUACGCCAUUUUUCCCGCCCUGCUGUAAUGUUUUUUCAUCUGAUCUUUUGUCCCCACCACUUUUCAACACAAACUGACGCCCCUGAGUCUGAGCAAACCUGCAUUGUCCAAUAAACCUCAUAUUUUUAAGGCAUUUUGCUAAGUGACAGUUCAUCCAAAGUGAAUCAUUAUUUACUCCCUUUCCAAUCAUUUAAACCGGUUUCUUUCUUCAAAACCUGAACGCAGAUUUUUUAUUGGUAUUAUUUGGGGAUUUUCUGGUUAUUCCUCUGGACCACCUCGGUCACCAUCCACUCUCAGCAACCAGAAAUUCUUUCAAAAUGACCAAAAGUUUUAAACAACUCCACUUAAAUGGUGUUUUCGCACCUAGGUCAGAUCUCACGAAAUCCAGAUUUAGAAGGUGUCCAGCAUCAGAUCUUUUAAAAAGCCCUUGAAGCCAAUUUUUUUGCACAUAUAAGAUUAGGGUCUGAACUUAUAAUAACCAUUAAUUUUAGAGGAUUUAAAAAAUAUUUCCCUAUAGAAUUAUUUAAAUUUUUUAGAUUAUCAUUAUGAAAAAUUAUCAUCACCGCAAUAUAUUACAUUAAAUAUAUGCAUUUACAAACACAUGUUUGUCAUUUUUUGGUGAAUUAUCCCUUUAAAACUGCAUAAACAACAGUUUAAACAAAGUGAAAGAGGCAAACGGUUUUUUUAAAGGUGCCAUAAGCCCUGUUCGGAUGGGAUUAGUUUUACAGGGGGACCUCUGAGAAAAUCAUGCUUCUCGGAGGUCCUCUGUGUUUUUAAUCCCGUCCGAAUCGUCCAUGUCUGUGUUUUUCUCUGAUGUUGAGAUUGGCCUGUUUUCCAGCGGUCUUUUCCAUGCGUGAUGUUUACAUAUAAAGGAGGAAACAAUACCAUUUGAGGCUCACAAUGUCAUUACCAUGGACAUAACUCUCAUUCAUCUAUGCCUAGGUAAAUACAGUUUUUAAUUUUAUGGCACCUUUAACGUUUUCAUAACAUGAAUGUGAGGAAAUAAUGCAACUUAAAUAAUGCAAUUACAUUUUUGGGUGAACUGUCCCUUUAAGCAGUUAAACACCACACACACGAACAACAAUGUUGUAGUUGUUAAAUUAUAAAAAAAACCUUUAUUGCCAUUUU